AGCGUAGAGCGCCAGGAAAAGAUGGUCAUCUCCGUAUUGCUGCAAAUUCUUAUGUGACAGCAAGCAUUUGCACAAAAAACGAUAGUAAAAUAUCUCUUAUAUUUGCACAUGCUACCGGGUUCCAUAAAGAAUUAUGGAAUCCUAUCAUAAAAAUUUUGCAUGAACGAAGACAUCGAUGGAACGGUGGUGAUAUGUGGGCUUUGGAUUGUUCGAAUCAUGGAGAUAGUGCAAUGUUAAAUCAAGAUGUUUUGCCUGAUAAGUUUGUGUGUUCCGACUAUUCUCGAGAUAUCCUUCAGCUUAUCGAUAAGGCGAAAAUUCAAAAACCAAUUAUUGGUAUAGGCCAUUCAAUCGGUGGAACCUCUAUGUUAAAGGCAGAAACUAUUCGUCCUGGCACUUUUGCUAGUAUUUUGACCCUUGAGCCUAUAGUAAAGCCUAUUAUAGUCCGAGAAUUUGAAAUUCAAGAAACAAAAGUUAAAAAUAGAAGAGAAAGAUGGCCAGACAGAAAAUCAGCGCAUAUUAGUUUUAAUACAAACGAAUUUUUCAAAAGCUGGAACCCUGAAAUACUUAAUCUCUAUGUUCAAUAUGGAUUAUAUGAAUUGCCAUCUGGAGAAGUUGCAUUAAAAUGUUCUAAAAUUCAAGAGUUGUAUACAUUUUUUUACGAUACGACGGAACAAGUCUCCACAUUUCAUCAAAUGUCAAAAAUUAAAUGCCCCAUUCUAUUUGUUAUUGGUGAUAAAUCAACUUUAGACUAA